CCUGUUGCUGGAAGAAGAUAGCAUCGUUUUAACAUGAGUUUGAUUGGUCAUGUUCUUCCUUCACUUCCUUCCAGGAACCCAACUCAGAAAAUUUCUCCUCAUCACUUCAAUUUUGCGAAAUCUAGUAUACAAAAUCCAACCCCAAAACCCAUUCUCUUCACUAAUCUGCUUUCCUUGGCCCUCACUUUUACCUUAAACUCUCCCUUACCUUCCUUGGCUAUCCCUUCUCCCAACUCUUUGUCUCCCCUACUUCCACCCACAACACCGUUUUCUGAAUCCAAGAACUUGCCGAUUGGACUAGAAGAUGGGAAAAUUCGGCCUUGCCCAUCCAUUAAUCCAAGUUGUGUAUCGACAAAUCCUAAAUCUUCAUUAUUUGCAUUCCCAUGGAUAAUUCCUGAGAACUCCGCAGAUAAUGCGAUUCAGAAAUUGCAGGAAGCAAUCUUGAAAACGCAGAGAAAUGCCAAGAUUCAAGUUAUUGAAGAUACCCCAAAUGGCCAAUAUUUACAAGCAGAGGUUGACGGAGGAUUUGGGCAGGAUGUGCUUGAAUUUCUGAUAAAAGGAGAUGUGGUUGUUUAUCGGUGUAUGGCCACAAAAGUCACCUAUGUGUAUCCCUUCACUACAGCCUUUGGGGAUUCUAAAGGACAGGAAGAAAGAAUGAAGAAAAUCAUGGAUCAAUUAGGAUGGUACCCUCCAAGUCUUGAUUCUAUGGAUUAGAUUUAAUCUUAAAUUGCCUCUACAAAGACAUGGUAGCUUUUAAUCCUGUUUUACCUGCACCAAAUUCACUGAGUGUACUGCUGUUUCUAAUGUCAUUCAUUUUAUUUCACUGCAUAAUACACAAUACUUGGAUUUA